AUGAGCGCAAUUGUGGGCGCAGCCACGGCGAUAGGUGGCGCAGUGACAGCCGCUACCAGCAAUAGCUGGUUUAUACCGAUGUUGGUGGCCGCUAUUGCCUACUUUCAGUACGAAGAGAUUAUGGAUCCAGAAUCUCGGGCAGAAGAUUUGUCCACCGAUGACAUAUUAGAACGAUAUGAUUUUAUAGUGAUAGGGGCGGGGUCAGCGGGUGCAGUUGUGGCUAAUCGACUGACAGAGGUGGAAAAUUGGAAUGUCCUGUUGUUGGAGGCUGGCGGCGAUGAGACUGAAAUAUCGGACGUGCCACUCAUGGCGGGCUAUCUACAGUUAAGCAAAAUGGAUUGGAAAUAUAAGACGGAACCGUCAGGCAAAUUCUGUUUGGCUAUGAACAAUGGACGUUGUAACUGGCCGCGCGGUAAGGUGCUCGGCGGCUCAAGUGUGCUAAACUAUAUGUUGUAUUUACGAGGCAGUAAAAUCGACUAUGAUAAUUGGGAGGCCGCCGGCAAUCCGGGUUGGGGUUAUCGCGAUGCUUUGUACUAUUUCAAAAAAUCAGAGGAUAACACAAACCCAUAUUUAUCCAGUACACCUUAUCACUCCACUGGCGGCUAUCUGACAGUCGGUGAGGCGCCUUAUCACACACCGUUAGCGGCAAGCUUCGUUGAAGCGGGAGUUGAAAUGGGCUACGAUAACCGCGAUCUGAAUGGCGAGAAACAAGCUGGGUUUAUGAUCGCGCAAGGCACAACGCGACGUGGUAGUCGCUGCAGCAGCGCGAAAGCUUUUCUGCGGCCGGCCCGUUUGCGUCCUAAUCUGCACAUAUCUAUGCACUCGCAUGUUACACGUAUAAUGAUCGACCCAGUGACGAAAUUGGCUUUCGGUGUUGAAUUUGUAAAGAAUCAACGCAUAUAUCGUAUACGCGCGACAAAAGAGGUCAUUCUCUCGGGUGGCUCGGUCAAUUCGCCACAAUUAUUGAUGUUAUCCGGCAUUGGACCACGUAAAGAGCUAGCUAAACAUCGUAUACCGGUUAUCAAAGAGCUCAACGUUGGCGAGAAUAUGCAAGAUCACAUUGGCUUAGGCGGUCUCACGUUUCUGGUUAAUCAACCGGUUUCUAUUGUGGAGAGUCGCUUCCACUCCAUGUCGACAGUGCUGCAGUACGCUGUUUUCGGACAAGGUCCACUCACCAUACUUGGCGGCGUUGAGGGUCUCGCUUUCGUGAAUACAAAAUAUGCGAAUACUUCGCUCGAUUGGCCCGAUAUUGAAUUUCAUUUUGUUUCCGGCUCUACGAAUUCCGAUGGCGGUUCUCAAUUGCGCAAAGCACAUGGACUUACAGAUGCCUUCUAUCGAGCAGUAUUCGAGAAGAUUAACAAUCGCGAUGCCUGGAGCAUAAUACCGAUGUUGUUGCGUCCUCGUAGUAUUGGCUCGAUUAAGUUGCGCAGCAAUAAUCCAUUCGAUUAUCCGUAUAUUUACCCGAACUAUUUAAGUGACGAACUCGAUACAAAGACACUGAUUGAGGGCGCCAAGAUCGCUGUAGCGCUUUCUCGCACGAAAGCUAUGCAACGCUUCGGCUCACGCAUCUCAUCUAUCAAAUGGCCCGGCUGUCAGCAUCUGCAGAUGUUCACCGAUCCCUACUGGGAGUGUAUGAUACGUCAUUACACCGUGACGAUCUAUCAUCCGGUGGGCACAUGCAAAAUGGGUCCCUAUUGGGAUCCCGAAGCGGUGGUCGAUCCGCAAUUACGUGUGUAUGGCAUACGCGGCCUGCGUGUGAUAGACGCGAGUAUUAUGCCCAAGUUGGUGAGCGCUAAUACAAAUGCACCGGUGAUAAUGAUCGCGGAGAAGGGUUCAGACAUGAUCAAGGAGUUCUGGAUAAAGAACACGAUAAUCUAGUUAUGCGGUUUGCGGCGGUUGGGUU